AUGUACACGAAAGAGGAGCUCAGCGCCGCCACCAACAACUUCAAGCACAAGCUCGGCGAGGGGGGGUUCGGAGCGGUGUACAAGGGGUUCCUCAAGGUGGAGAGCGGUGCAGAGGCUGCAGAGUCGCUGGGCGUGGAUCUGAGCGCGGUUUCUGAAGGGGAGAUCCCGGUGGCGGUUAAAAUGUGCGCUGCGAAGCUCAUGGUAAGGGCUGCUGAGAGUGGCCGAGAGUGUUGGUGGGAAGGGGAGGAGAUCCCUGUGGCUGUUAAAAUGUGCGCUGCCGAGCGCGCGAGAACAGCUCAUGGUGAGGGAUUCUGGGCACCCCAUGGCAUGAGGGUGAGACCUGAGCGCACUGUGCUCUCGUCGUGGUUCGUGGUUGGGGUGCUGGGAGUGUUGGGGGGAGGAGAGAUCCCUGUGGCUCUUAAGAUGCGCACGGCUAAGGUUCUGAGCGCGCGGGAACAGCUUAUGGUAAGGGGGAAGGGGCAUCUGGCCACCCCUGUGGCUGCUGAGAGUGUUCCGAGGGGGAGGGGAGAUUCCUGUGACCGUUAA